AUAGGUCUCCCGGCGUCGGCGUCCUAGCUCGCGAGAGGCCGGUGGGCUGCGCGUCUGUCUCCAGCCUUGCCCCAGACUCUCCGAAAGCGGCGUCCAGCAGAGCGCCGCCCCAGAGCCCACGGGUGGCCCCGGCAGUCUCUCGGGCGCAUGGGGCGGCGCUAAUCGGGCUGGAGGCGCAGGCCAGGGGCCGCUCCAACAUGAACCUCGUGGGCAGCUACGCACACCAUCACCACCAUCACCACCAUCACCACCCACACCCAACGCACCCCAUGCUCCACGAACCCUUCCUCUUCGGCCCGGCCUCGCGCUGUCACCAGGAGCGGCCCUACUUCCAGAGCUGGCUGCUGAGCCCCGCUGACGCUGCCCCAGACUUCCCCGCCGGCGGGCCACCGCCCACAGCCGCGGCGGCCACCGCUGCCUACGGUCCGGACGCCAGGCCCGGCCAGAGCCCCGCGCGGCUGGAGGCGCUCGGCGGCCGGCUGGGCCGGCGGAAAGGCUCGGGACCCAAGAAGGAGCGGAGGCGCACGGAGAGCAUUAACAGCGCGUUCGCAGAGCUGCGCGAGUGCAUCCCCAACGUGCCUGCCGACACCAAGCUCUCCAAGAUCAAGACACUGCGCCUGGCCACCAGCUACAUCGCCUAUCUGAUGGACGUGCUGGCCAAGGACGCUCAGGCCGGCGACCCCGAAGCCUUCAAGGCCGAACUCAAGAAGGCGGAUGGCGGCCGCGAGAGCAAGCGGAAAAGGGAGCUGCAGCAACACGAAGGCUUUCCUCCUGCCCUGGGCCCAGGAGAGAAGAGGAUUAAAGGGCGCACAGGCUGGCCGCAGCAAGUCUGGGCGCUGGAGUUAAACCAGUGAGCUGAGGCCGCGCCGAGGACCCUUUCACCGCUGCCCGACACCCGGAGCCCCGGGAGGAGAGGAAGGCGGCGGCGAGGGCCAGGCUCUGGGUGCCGGGGGCUUAUAAGGGCGCAUCCCGCAGAGCCUCUGCUACGUGCUGGCAGGUCGCUGGCUGCAACAACACACUUGGAUCGCACGUGCAAUGUCAUUUGAAGUUGAUUUUAAUACAUUAAGAGAAAGAGAAAUAUAUAUAUAUAUAUCCACA